AUGCGUAUAUCCAGGGAGCUAAGACAUAAGCUGCGAAAGACGAGGCGGAAAGUCAGAGAUGAGAGGCAGGAUAGUAAUGCUAAUGGUCGAAAUGUUAGCCCUAAGGUGUUUAAAAGCAAGAGUAAAUCUGGAACAAAACCAGUGCGACCCACAGACCUGACAACAAUGUUGGAAAGUCUAGAAUCCAUCAUGCCAUACCAUGACCAGUACAUAGACAACCCGUUUUCAUCACCAUCACCCUUGACGUCUCCCAACGAUGAAAGAUUAGAUCCCUUCGGCUCCAGAAGACUAGAGAAACUAUAUAUGCAAGGAGGUGGUACAUUUAGAGCUGUAUCUAGAGACAGGAUUUUGGAGCCUCAGCAGUCUAGAGAUGGGGACAAAUAUUUAAGAUUAGGCGAUGACACCCCUUCUACCUUGUUUUUGGUAAGUUAUGCCGAUUUUAAAUUACGAGUAGUACUGACGUUGGGCCUGUCAGUACUACUUUUUUUGUUGGAGCUACAAUUAAAAUAA